GGUAACCCGGAAGUUAAUCAAUUUAGUGGUAACAGAUCGUAACUUCUAGCCUAUCGACGCCUGAAUUAGCAUUAACACGCUAAGCUACAAGGGGCUUUAGCGCUAUCACUUAGGAGGUACCUAACUGGAAGGUACGCCAUCGAUUUCAAUUAAAUCUGAUAUCACCAUCGCAGAAGCAGAGAAGGCGCGUCUCCCAGCAGCUAGGUACCUACCCGACGCGACCCCACCAUGGAUAGGUACCUGUAGAUAUGAAUUAUUACUGAAAUUCCAGGCUGUACUACCACCAAUUCCUUCAAUCUUUCAUUUUCACUCUCUUUAUUCCUUUCUCUCCCCCCAAUUGAUGCCACUUCUCAACUAAAUUCAUCACCCCAACACGAAAGGAAGAAAUAUAUUAUUCUAAUAAAGGAUCACGAGCAACUUCGAAAAUGGGUCGUACCAAGAACCUUAAGCGAUCGCGUCGCGAUGAUGACGAGGAUGAAGAAGUAGCAAGCGAUCAAGAAGUCAAGUCAAGCAGCAAGGCCAAGUCUAAGCCUAGCAAGAAGGCUAAGACAAGCAGCGCUGCCGAUUCUGGCAAGGAUGACGAUGGUAAUUCUUUUUGGAGCCUGGGCGGCACUCGCAGAGCUACUGUCAGUGGCUUCAAGGGUAAGACAUUCAUCAAUAUCCGCGAGUACUGGACAGAUGCUUCCGGCGAUCUCAAACCAGGCAAGAAGGGCAUCAUGUUGACUCCCGAACAAUACAACAAGUUGCUUGAAGUCAUUCCCUCCAUCAACGCCGAGCUACAAGAAAAGGGUAUCGAGACUGCGGAUAUCUCAAGCGCACCCACUGCGGACGCCCCCGAAUCUCCUGCGAAGACCAAAUUAGAGAAGAAGGCCAAGUCGCAAGAGAAGAAAACUAAGGCCAACAUCGAGGCUACGAGCGACGAGGAUGAAGAAUCGGAGUAGGGUCCGGACCCUGUAUUUCCAUACUCUGGGGUAACACGAAACAUCCAGCUUCCGUCUUUGAGGAAUUAUGACUAGUCAUUUCUCCAACAU